AUGAUGGUAACUCCCGUUUUGUCCAGCGCUCUGAUGUGCGCUACUCUCGUGCAAUGUGGCUUUUUGGAUUCAUUCAAGGAUAGCCUCUUCAGCUUCGGCUCUCUCGACCAUGUCAUGCCUAUGCCCGACCUUUCUGUUGACCUGGACACCGUUAGCGUUUUAGCGUCCCUGCGGUCCGAGAUCAAUGGCAAGCUUGGCGAUGUUCCCGCCGAGGCAUUCGAUGCUUGGAAGACUGUUCUCUCUGAGGUCCCUGAGGGCGCUCAGAAGCUCAAGGACGGCAUGCUGGCCAAGCUCAAUGAGCGCCUCAACAAGGGCAAUGGCCGCAAGAAGACCAGCAAGCACAACGACCGCUUCGUAACUGUCAAAAACGACAAGUUCCCUGCCCAUGCUUUGCGGGUCACUAGCCCCGACGAUUUGGGCGUGGACAAGACCAAGCAGUACAGUGGCUACCUCGACGUUGAGGAUGAAGACAAGCACUUUUUCUUCUGGUUCUUCGAGUCUCGUAACGACCCUGAGAACGACCCAGUUGUUUUGUGGCUGAACGGCGGUCCCGGAUGCUCGUCGCUGACUGGCCUGUUCUUUGAACUGGGCCCUGCCACCAUCGGUGCCGACCUCAAACCCGUCCCCAACAAAGAUGCCUGGAACAACAAUGCCAAUGUCAUUUUCCUUGACCAGCCCGUCAACACCGGCUACUCCUACUCCUCCAAUAAGGUUUCCGACACCAUCUCUGCUUCCAAGGACGCCUACGCCUUCUUGGAGCUUUUCUUUGAGAAGUUCCCCGAGUACAACAACCGCGAUUUCCACAUUGCUGGCGAGUCUUAUGCUGGCCACUAUAUCCCGGUCUUUGGCAGCGAGAUCAUGUCUCACGACGACCGUGGGUUCAACCUCACCUCUUUGCUUAUUGGCAACGGUUUGACUGAUCCCUUGAACCAGUACGACCUCUAUGAGCCCAUGGCCUGCGGCCAGGGUGGCCACGAGUCUGUUUUGGAUGAGAGCCAGUGCCAGGGAAUGCUUGAUUCUCAGCCCCGCUGCGACCAGCUCAUCCAGAGCUGCUACGAUACUCAGUCGGCAUGGACUUGUGUCCCCGCAGUCAUUUACUGCAACAAUGCUCAGAUCGGCCCUUACCAACAGACCGGCCUCAACGUUUACGACAUCCGCGAGGAAUGUCAGGGCGACAAUGGCCUGUGCUACCCCCAGCUCGACCUUAUCGACCAGUACCUGAAUCUCCCUGAGGUCAAGGAGGCAGUUGGCGCAGACGUCGAGACUUACCAGGGCUGCAACUUUGACGUCAACCGCGACUUCUUGUUCAAUGGCGACUGGAUGAAACCCUACCAGACUGCCGUUAGCGAGCUCCUGGAGAAGGAGGUGCCUAUUCUUAUCUACGCUGGCGACAAGGACUACAUCUGCAACUGGCUCGGUAACGAGGCUUGGUCUCGUGCCCUGCCCUGGAGCGGACACGAAGAGUUCUCCAAGGUCGACCUUGGCCCCUGGGUGGUUGAUGGCGAGGAAGCUGGCCAGGUCCGCAACCACGAGCACUUCACCUUCCUGCGCGUCUACGAGGCCGGCCACAUGGUUCCUUACAACCAGCCCAAGAACUCGCUCGAAAUGCUGGAGCGCUGGAUCAGCGGUGAUUUCACUUUUGCCUAA